AUGGGAGACAGCUCCUACAAUGCCUCGGACUUGAACUCAGUCCUCAGCACCUUGUCUAGUCUAGCUUCUCAGGGUCAGGGCAGCACUAGUCAACAUAUACCCACACCUAACCCACCCCCAAAAACCGCACCCUCUCAAUCCAAGCCCUCGGAGGAUCCACGACCUCCGCAGCCAAGGAUAACGAGACCCUCCACCACUUCUAUUUCUACUUCUACUUCUGACUCAUCAACUAUCACAACCUGGCCCGCGGCACUACGACAUGUGAUGCGCACCGUGGGUCAAAAUGAGGAGACCCAGGCGCGCAUCCGCGGUGUGAUUCGAAGUCAACACCGCCAUGAACAACAAUGGUUCCAUGCCCGUGAGGCAUUAUUGAAGCAGCAGCAGGGUCGCCCUGAGAAACAGAGGGAGCUAGAUGCAGUCUUGAGGUCGAUCGGUGCCCCAGUAAAAGAGGACGAUGGCUCGACUGAAAAAGAACUUGCCGCAGAGAUUGCAACCUACGAUGCAAAGGUUCAUAGGGCAGCCGUGCAAAUGGCAGAUGCCAUCAUUGCCGAAUUGCGCGGUCUGGAUGUUCCAUUCUUUACGCUUCGGAAGGAGCUAGUCCAAGAUAUUCCAUCCAAUAUGGAAGGCUUACAGUCACAGAGUCAGACUGAGUCCACCCGAACUACCCGAUCGCCAAUUGCUAAGUCUGAGCUUGUGAAGUUGCAACAACGCAUGUUGGAGUUGCUAGAGGAUCUGUGUAAAUAA